AUGCUGGAGGGAUGCGGCGUCCUUCGGGCGAUGGGAUGCUUGCUGCCCCAGGGAUGGAAGAGGUGUAGGAAGAAGGAUGGAAGAGGUGUCGGAAGAGAUAUGAUAAAAGGUGUUGGAAAAGAUAUGAUAAAAGGUGUAGAAAAGAGAUCUUGGAAGGGAGGUUGUAGCCUUUCCAGAUCUCCUCGUUCCAGCCUCGCCACCUCCCAGCGGAACGCCUUGUUUCCACAGACCCCAACCUUCCAUCGUCAUUCCAGACCUCCUCGUUCCAGCCUCGGCUCUUCCAGCAGAGCGCCCUUGUUUCCAGAGACCCCAACCUUCCAUCGUCUUUCCAGACCUCAUCGUUCCAGCCUCGCCACCUUCCAGCGGAACGCCUUGUUUCGCCAGAGAUCUCAACCUUCCAUCGUCUUUCUAGACCUCACCGUUCCAGCCUCGGCUACUUCCAGCAGAGCGCCUUGUUUCCAGAGACCCCAACCUUCCAUAGUCUUUCCAGACCUCACCGUUCCAGCCCCGCCUCCUUCCAGCAGAGCGCCUUGUUUUCAGAGACCACAAAAUUCCCUCGUCUUUCCAGACCUCCUCGUUCCAGCCUCACCACCUUCCAGCAGAACGCCUUGUUUCCAGAGACCCCAACCUUCCCUCGCCUUGACAGACCUCGUUCCAGCCCCGCCACCUCCAGCGGAACGCCUUGUUUCCAGAGACCCCAGUGGGGAAUACAAAUAA